AUAAAAAGAACAGAGAGAAAUCACCCGCCAAUAUUCGCAUUUCGGAGUGCAAAGAAUCUUUGGGUCCCCAACCAUGGCGACUCGGCGGCGGAUAUUCAAGAAGUACCUGAUCGCCAUGGCCGGCUUAUCUGGCGCCGCAGUUACCUUUCAAACCCUAAACCCUAACUCUCCCCCCUCUUCCACCAAUUCACCUUUCAUCAACGGCAUCAUUCGCUCCUCCCGAGCUCUCCUCACGAUUACUUCUAGUGUGGUUGACUACAAGUACUCUUUGUACGGCUUCAAUCCUGAUAGUGAUGAGUAUCGCCUUGCUCUUUCUAAGGUACAUCUAAGGUCAGCAAAGAGAAUUUUGACAAUGUGUGACGCCAAUAAAGGUAUUUAUGUCAAAGCUGGUCAGUUUGUUGCAGCCAUUAGGCAAGUGCCUAAAGAAUACUCAACAUCACUUUCAUCAUUACAGGAUCAGGCUGUUCCUUGUCAGUUUGAAGCCAUUAAAGAUGUGCUACUCAGAAAUCUGGGUCCAAAUUUUUCAGAGAUAUUUUUCUCCUUUGAUGAGCAACCAGUUGCUGCUGCCUCUAUUGCUCAAGUACACCAUGCUGUUUUAAAAGACCACCAAGAAGUGGCAGUGAAGGUGCAGUACCCUGGAUUGGAGUAUCAAAUGAAAUUUGACCUUGCAACCAUGUCUUUCCUGUCAAAAUCUGUUGAAUUGCUCUUCCCUGAAUACAGGUUUCAGUGGCUUGUAUCAGAAUUUGAAAAAUCUAUUGCUUCUGAACUUGAUUUUAUUGCAGAGGCUAAAAACAUGGAGAAAACUGGCAAAAACUUUAACAACAACUGCAUGGUUAAGGUUCCCCAUGUCUUUUGGGAAUUAACGACAAAGCAGGUUCUGACGAUGCAGUUUUGCAGAGGUCAUAAGGUCGAUGACUUGGAUUUUCUGAAGCAAAGAGGACUUAGCCCAGUCAAGGUUGCAAAAGUUUUGGCAGAAGUGUUUGCAGAAAUGAUUUUUAUUCAUGGUUUUCUGCAUGGAGAUCUACAUCCUGGUAAUAUAUUAGUCUCCCCUGAAGGGAAGAAUGGCUUUUCUUUAGUUCUGUUAGAUUUUGGGAUUUGUAAGCACUUGGAUGACGAUUUCAGAUUGAAGUAUUGCCAGCUUUGGGAGGCUUUGGUAGUUAUGGACUCAACCAAAAUCCAGCAGAUAGGAGAAUACUUUGGUGUUGGAAAGUACUCAAGAUACUUUCCUGUCAUAUUUACAGGAAGAACUAUUGACAGUAAAUCGGCACUUGGGAGAGGAAUGUCUGCUGAAGAAAAGAAGAACCUGAAGCAGGAAUUGAAGUCUCUUAAAAUGGAGGACAUAUCUUCCUUCAUGGAAUCUCUGCCUGCUGAUUUUCUCACAGUAUUGCGUACCGAUGGGCUCCUAAGAUCUCUGAUCAGCAAGUUGGGUGCUCCCUUGCGAGUCCGAUUACUAGCAUAUGCUGAAUAUGCACUAUAUGGUCUUUCUUUGAGGGUUGACUCUAAAUUUGAUUCCGCCAUAGAAGUCAUGCUCUCAAGAUUCAAGACAGGCCUCCGCUACAUCCAACUAAGACUCCUCUUUGGGAUAGUGGAGUUUGUUUCAUGGCUAGAAAACAUCAAACAGUCGUCAACUAGGAGGUCUAAAAAUUUGCUUGCCUCAGCUGGUUAUGCGGUAAGGAACUUGUACCGUCCUUUAUUGACCACAUAAUUCAGUCCGGCAUUUUGCCGGAGAAGCUGUAAUAUUGAAGAAACUGCCUCAUUUACAUGCCUUCACGUCUUAAGAAACUUUCUUAUGUUCUAGGAGUCUAAAGGUAUUUUUCUGUAAAGUAAAUGACUACAAAACCUUCAGAGAUUAUACAGGGGUCUUUGAGAGAGCGAAGUAGCAAACGAUAUGACUUAAUUGCAUGAAAGUUUACUCCGAUUUUAUAUGAUAGUGUUGUAAAAAAGAAUGACAUUUCUAUAUUUGAAAUUUUUUAGUUAAACUUCU